UUGUGGUUGUGGAGGACUUUCGUGCAAACAUCCAUUCUUCCUCUCAGCCUUAAGCGAAAAAACCCUAGCACUGGACGACCUCCAAAACCCUAGAGCCGUCCCCAAUGGCGAGCCACGAAACCGACCCGUCCCCUGCCGCCCCCUCCAAGAAGAAGAAGAGGCACUCCAAGAAGCGCAAGGCCAUCGAAGUCACUGUAGAUGCCUCCUUUCCUGGCGCCGCCGCCCCCGUCGUCGGCUACUUUCCGACGGGCUACGACCCCCUUGCGGCCGCAGAGCCCCCACGUGCGCGGUUGUUCCGCCACGAGAAGCACCAUAACCGCGUCGAGCUAGUGGUCGUCGCCCCUGGUGGAGGCCCCGACUUCGUCGGCCGGAGCUACGCCGGCGAGGCCGCUGCGCCGCAGCUCUGCGGCUACGCCCUCGGCGUCCUCGACAAGGCCACCAGCACUCUGAAGAUUGUCCCCAUCGCCUCCAACAAGAUUUUGAGGCUAGAGCCACACUUUGAAGUGCAGCAACCGGCUCAUUCACAACAGUCAGCAGCAGAAGCAGGUUCUUCUGUAGCAGAUACUGAAUUGAACAGACAAGAUCUUACCCAGGCUUAUGGGACCAAGAAAGAUAAGGAUAAGGAUAAUAAGUGGAAGUCACUAAAAGAACAAAGGAAUGACCCUUCUGCUUAUUUGGACCUUGAUCUUGGAGAGUCCAAGACCACUGCAGAUGCCACUGAUAGUCAGGCAUCAAUGGAAGUUCGCAACAUUCCACCUUAUGAUCCUGCUGCAGAUACAUCGGAAAAGGCAUAUCUUUUUGAUGAGAUCAUUCCAAAAAAUAUACGGCCACACCUUCUUGAUAUUGUGGGACACUUUGAAUCGGGAGAAUUUGGUUUGAAAGGCUAUGGGAGUUUUGUCUCGAAUCGUGUGAAUAAGUUGCAGGAACUUCAGGGUGAAGAUCAGGAAAGGCUUGCUUGGAUACUAUCCUAUAUCACACAUCUCCUGUCCUUGUUGGCGCGCAACAGCUCCAUGUCCAAGCAGAAAAGAAAAGAAAAAGACCAGACCAUCCGUGGACCAAUUAUCCCACAGGCGGUGCACCGCAAGCUGUUGCUGAUGUUCACGGAGCCAGGGUCUUCUUCCUUGUCGACCGAGAAACACGAGCUUCUGAUCAAUUACAUUUUAGUACUCACACUUUUUGCUGAUGACUUCAGAUCUGAACCUACGGAUAUAUGUGCGGACUUGAAAAUGAACCGCCAGAUGCUUAAACCAUAUUAUGACCAGCUGGGAUGCAAGUCCGUGUCAACAGGUGCUUUUAAACCAUUUUUUAUGACACUUCCAGCACCCCUCAAGUUCCCACAACAAGUCACAAGGAGAAGGCGGCGAAAAUAACCAUCUUAGUUAUUGGUUUCCAUCUGAUAUGGUUGUGAUAGGAAAGGUAUGCAUUGCCACCGUCGAACCAAUGUGCCCUCAGCUCAGUUUCACCAAUGUAGUGGAGAAAAUGAUGAAGGUGGUUGUUCUGUUUUUGUUUUCUAUUGUCACUUGGGAAUUGCUACGAGAGGAACCAUAUUACUGAUAUAUAAUUUGCUUGCUACCGAAAUUUGUUUUUUGAUGCUA